GAUAAGUUAGGGUGUGUCACACUGAAAGUGGGAGGGCCCACAGCAGGUUUCAGGAAGAGCUCUGCACCUGUUAGCCUUAGAUCCACAGGACACCGGUUGGAGUGAAGGACUGCUGAGUUCCACGUCAGAGAGAAAACAAAACACCAUGAGUAUCCAGUCUCCAGGAGGCCGGGGCCUCUCUGAGGACCAGUUCACCUGCUCUAUCUGUUUGGAAAUCUUUGUGGAGCCUGUAUCAACACCCUGCGGUCACAGCUUCUGUAAGGCCUGCUUACAGGGUUACUGGAACCACAGCAAGAAGUUCUCAUGCCCCAUGUGUAAGAAGACCUACUCCAGGAAACCAGAGAUGAGCGUCAACCGGGUCCUGGCUGAAAUAUCGUCCCAGUUCCAGAGCCUGGCGGUUUCUGGAGGGGCCUCUGGAAGCCCCUCACGAGGGGGCUCUCAGACUUUAAGCUCUGACCGAGUCCACAACGGCUCUCCAGUACAGGAUACUGGAGAGUUUGCGCAGCCUGGUGAUGUUCCAUGUGAUGCCUGCAUCGGUAGAAAGUUAAAGGCUUCGAAGUCUUGUGUGAACUGCCCUGGGUCUUUCUGCGAGUCUCAUCUACGGCAUCAUAAGAAGGUCAAAACUCUGAUUUCACAUCGUCUAAUUGAACCUACUUUCCACCUGGAGGAGAAGAUCUGCAAGAAACACGAACGCCUCCUGGAAGUAUACUGCCGCACAGAUCACACAUGCAUUUGCAAAGCAUGCGCAGAGGCCACCCACAAAUCCCACGACAUCAUAGAUGUCGACCACGAGUUCAAGAAAAAGAUGAGUAAUUUGGGAAAGAAGAGGUCAGAGCUGAAACAUUUAAUCAAAGAGCGAGCAAAGAAACUGGAGGAGAUCAAGCAAUCCAUCAAGGUUAUCAAGGCCAGCUCCCAGAAGGAGAUUGAAGACAGCUGGCAGGUGUACGCUGAGCUGCAGAAGAUGGUGGAGCAAAGUCAGGCAGAGUUGGUGGAGACGAUCACUUCCAGGUCACGGGAGGCAGAGCGUCAUGCUCAGGAGCUGGCCAGGGGCCUGGAGAACGAGCUGAGCCAGCUGAGGAGGAGGAGCAACGAGCUGGAGGCCCACGCCCACACUAAGGACAAAGUCAUCUUUCUUCAGAAUAUCGCCACGCUGUCCCACUCGCCUGAACCCACGGACUGGUCAGGGGUCAACAUAAACACUGACCUCUAUCUGGGGACCCUCCGCUCCUCUGUCAGCAGCCUUGUCGAGAAGUUCCAGGAUGAGAUUAAGCGGCUCUAUGGAAAAGAGCUCCGCAAGGUACAGAACUAUGCAAGUGAAGUUAUUAUGGAUCCCUCCACAGCCCAGAAGAACCUGGUAGUGUCUGAAGAUGGUCAGCAGGUCAAAUACGACGAGCGCAAGUCUUCCAACUCCGAGGGUCCAAAGCGCUUCCACCCAGCCCUCUUUGUCUUGGCCCGAGAGGGUCUGCACUCCGGCCGGCACUACUGGGAAGUCGAUGUUGGCCGUAAGACAGCCUGGACACUGGGAGUGGCCCGUGCUUCGGCUCGCCGAAAGGGUGAAAUCAAACUGAACCCAGAGGGGGGUUUCUGGUGCCUGUGGCUUAAGAACGGCGAGGUAAAGGCGCUGGCGGAGACACGCAUGCCUUUGAUGCUGGCAUCCCAUCCCAGCAAAGUAGGAAUCUUCCUGGAUUAUGAGGCCGGCCAGCUGUCCUUUUACGACGUAAAGGCACGUCAUCAUCUCUAUACUUUCAAGGAUAAGUUCAGCGAGAGUGUGUAUCCAAUCUUCAGCCCCUGCCUUAGCCAGGAGGGGAAAAACACCUCUCCUCUGCUGAUAACACCAGUUAAACAUGCCUAAAUGUAUCAGAGAAGGAAUCCAAGACCAAGAGCUUAGUGGGGCUUUUUUUGUUUAUUGAAGUUAUAGUUUCUUCAAAGAGUUUUAAAUAAUCCCUGUUGUCUGCAAAGCACUUUAGAUUGAGUUAUUCUCAGUCUUGUUGGAUAAAGCAAAUCAAGCUCCUGCCAUUUAUUCGGCUGUGGUCUACUCUGCUGAAGAAAGGACGAUGGCUCAGUUUGAAUCAGGCAAGCUGGAGAGGACUCUUAAACCAAAGUGGAAAUGCAUCAUCAUUGUCAUGGUAAGGAAAGAGGAAGGGAGCAAUAGUUAAUUUAGCAUAGGAACCCUUGGAAUGUUCCGAUCCACUGUUUAGGAGCUAUCCGGUUGCCCACAAUCCAGGACUUAUAGGCACAGCUCACCUUAAGGACUUUCCUCAGGUAUACUCUGUAUGAUGCAUGCUAAUGGUCACACCCUAACAUGUUUUGAGUUUAAAACUUUAUAUGAUAAGCAUAAUUUGCGUGUUUUUCUGUCCCAUGACAUCCAUAAGGCAGCUGCCUGGAUUCAGCACAGCAGUCCAGCCCUCCUUCCUAUACAUGAUAGCAUCUUUACUGUUGACCCUCCCUAAAGCUAAGAGCUACAAUACGUCCAAUUCAGAAUCAGCAUUUGUUCAGAGACUUUAGCCAGUGGCUCUGUAAGGUCCACACAACCCAGUUAGAAUGUCAGUUUUUGUGACAUUAAAAAUUAAGCUAUGGAAAAAUUAUGUUUAUCAUUCUUAAUUUCUUUUUUCAUGAUUGAUCACUUUCAACACAAAUGAACAACAAGCAAAUAUGUUAGAGCAAUGUCUUGGAUGCAUAUAUUUCCAUAAAGGCUAAGAUUUAAAAUUGAUUCUUUUCUAUCCAUCUGAUCUCAAAUUAGAUUGCUGAUAUGAAUUAAAGCUGUUCAUGGUUGAAGAAUUCCUUUCACAUAAAGGUUCUACAAUCCAAAGUCCAGAAUUAGGUUUGUUGAAUAUCAUCUUCAGAUAAAACAUGAUUUUUUUUCUAUUAUUGCUUUUAUAUUUAAUUCUUUUCUUCAGACAAAUUUGUUUGAUUAUCUGUUGAUUUGUAAAUGACCAAUUUCACAUUAUGUGAUACAAAACCUUAAGAGUAAUGGUAUGGUCAGUUUGAUAUCAGCUGAAGUGUGAAACUCGUUAUCAUAAAAACAUCCGUCCCUCCAAGUCUCAUCUCUUAAAUCUUUAUAUAACAGUACCUAUGUGUCACAGGAGGCUUUGUAUAUUAAUCCUGUCAAGGGCCUACUGAUAGAAACACCUUAAGGUAGCUGUUGUAAUGGGGUUUAUAUGUUCAGUUUUUCGUUGUUGUUCUGUAGAUUGUUUUGUACUUUUGUUCUGUAUAUUUCAAAUAAAGGAGGAUAUUCCCUAAA